GCCUCAUUCCAGUACAUGCAUCAAGUGAGAGAGCAGCAGCAACAACAAGCAGCGAGCACGAACGCUCAUGGAAUCACAGUAUUAGUAUAGAUAUUACCUGCAGAUGCACUACAUAGCUGUUACUAUACUACUACUAGCACUACUACUACAGCGGGACUAACGGAGCUAUCUUUUAACUGCACGCAUAGGCUUCACUACUGGACUUAUGUCCCAAAGCCAAGGAACCUAAACAGAUCUCUACUACGCGAUACAGCCUCCCUAAAACCAGUUACAACACAGGGAGCGGGUACUCCCCGGAUAAACUACACUACCCGCUGCUGAACAGUGCGAUGCGUGGAUAGCGCUCCGAACUAUUACUGAAUAUUCCUAAACGCGGAUUUGCAGGGGCUCUCGACUGUACAGCGCUCGAACCCGUAGUCAUACACGGGGGUCUUGGUUGGUGUUUUGGAAAGACGUUGUUUUAAAGCCGGGGUCCCGGUAUUGCUGUAGCACACUUGUCGGUGAACGCAGCGGCCACCAUCAGCACUACUUUUCAGGAUUUACUGGCACCCUAUUUUUGCUUCUUUUUAUGUUCCUGUCCUGCGGUUUAUGACAAUGGAUUAUUUGGUCAUUUUGUGCAGCAUUCUGCUGCCCAUGGCUUUAGCUGUUGAAGAAACGUUAAUGGACACGAAAUGGGCCAUAUCAGAGCUAGCCUGGACGUCCCAUCCAGAGUCUGGGUGGGAGGAGGUGAGCGGCUACGAUGAGGCCAUGAACCCCAUUCGCACCUACCAGGUGUGCAACGUGCGUGAGCUCAACCAGAACAACUGGCUACGGACUGGCUUCAUCCACCGCAAGGACAUGCAGAGAGUGUACGUGGAGAUGAAGUUUACUGUGCGAGACUGCAACAGCAUACCCAACAUCCCAGGCUCCUGCAAAGAGACCUUCAACCUCUUCUACUACGAGUCUGACUUGGACUCAGCCACAGCUAGCAGCCCCUUCUGGAUGGAGAACCCUUACGUCAAGGUGGACACCAUCGCCCCGGAUGAGAGCUUCUCCAAGCUGGAGUCAGGCCGAGUCAACACCAAAGUGCGCAGCUUCGGUCCUCUGUCCAAGAGUGGCUUCUACCUGGCUUUCCAGGACCUGGGGGCCUGCAUGUCUCUCAUCUCCGUGAGAGUUUUCUACAAGAAAUGCUCUAGCAGCAUCGCCAACUUCGCCCAGUUCCCCGAAACGGUGACAGGCGCGGAGGCCACUUCUCUCGUCAUUGCCCCGGGGUCCUGCAUCCCUAAUGCCCUGGAGGUGUCCGUCCCUCUCAAGCUGUACUGCAACGGAGAUGGAGAGUGGAUGGUUCCUGUGGGAGCCUGUACCUGCGCUGCCGGAUUUGAACCCGCGAUGAAGGACACCGAGUGCCUAGCCUGCAGCCCUGGCACCUUCAAGUCUCGUCAGGGAGAUGGUCUCUGCUCGCCCUGCCCCCCCAACAGCCGUACUAGCUCGGGCUCUGCCACGGUCUGCUCCUGCCGAAACGGCUACUUCCGUGCCGACAGCGACUCGCCUGAGAUGGCUUGCAGCACUGUGCCCUCCUCCCCUCGCAGUGUCAUCUCCAAUGUGAACGAGACCUCCCUGGUUCUAGAGUGGAGUGAGCCGCGGGACUCUGGCGGCCGUGAUGACAUCCUGUACAACGUCAUCUGCAAGAAGUGCAGCGUGGAGCGGGGCCUGUGCACGCGGUGUGACGACAACGUGGCGAUCUCGCCGCGGCACCUCGGCCUCACGGAGAAGCGGGUCUAUGUCACCAAUCUCCAGGCACACACGCAGUACAGCUUCGAGAUCCAGGCCGUUAAUGGAGUGUCCAGCAAGAGCCCCUACGCCCCGCAGUUCUCAGCCGUCAACAUUACCACCAACCAGGCCGCUCCCUCUGCAGUUCCCAUUGUUCACCUGAUGGGGGCCACGGCGAGCACCAUGAGCCUGUCCUGGCUUCCCCCCAACAAACCCAAUGGGAUCAUCUUGGACUACGAGAUCAAGUACCACGAGAAGGGUCACGGUGAAGCGAUUGCCCACACGGUGACCAGCCAGAGCAGUGCGACCCGGAUCGAGGGGCUCAAGCCUGGCACGCCCUACGUGGUCCAGGUCCGAGCCCGUACGGUGGCUGGAUAUGGCCGAUACAGCAGCUCUUCCGACUUCAGCACCAACCUGCAGAGUGACCCAGAGAAGAAUAUUCAAGAGCAGCUGCCCCUUAUCGUGGGCUCAGCGACGGCCGGGCUGGUCUUCAUCAUCGCUGUGGUGGUCAUCGUCAUUGUCUGCCUCAGGAAACAGAGGAAUGGUUCAGAGUCUGAAUACACAGAGAAGCUACAGCAGUAUAUUACCCCUGGAAUGAAGGUCUAUAUCGAUCCCUUCACCUACGAGGACCCCAACGAAGCGAUCCGAGAAUUCGCCAAAGAAAUCGACAUUUCCUGUGUGAAAAUCGAGGAAGUUAUUGGAGCAGGUGAGUUCGGGGAGGUGUGCCGCGGGCGUCUCAAGCUGCCAGGCCGCCGGGAGAUCAUCGUGGCCAUCAAGACUCUGAAGGUGGGCUACACGGAGCGGCAGAGGAGGGACUUCCUGAGCGAGGCCAGCAUCAUGGGCCAGUUCGACCACCCCAACAUCAUCCACCUAGAGGGAGUGGUCACCAAGAGCCGGCCAGUCAUGAUCGUCACAGAGUUCAUGGAGAAUGGGGCGCUUGACUCUUUCCUUAGGUUGAAUGAUGGUCAGUUCACGGUAAUACAGCUAGUCGGCAUGCUGCGUGGCAUCGCUGCCGGCAUGAAGUACCUCUCAGAUGCAAACUACGUGCACCGGGACCUGGCGGCCCGUAACAUCCUGGUCAACAGCAACCUGGUGUGCAAGGUGUCCGACUUCGGGCUGUCCCGCUUCCUGGAGGACGAUCCCACAGACCCGACCUACACCAGCUCGCUGGGAGGUAAGAUCCCGAUCCGGUGGACGGCGCCCGAAGCGAUUGCAUACCGGAAGUUCACCUCGGCCAGCGACGUGUGGAGCUACGGGAUUGUCAUGUGGGAAGUGAUGUCAUACGGAGAGAGGCCCUACUGGGAUAUGUCCAACCAGGAUGUGAUCAAUGCAGUGGAGCAGGAUUACCGGCUCCCCCCGCCAAUGGACUGUCCCACGGCUCUGCACCAACUCAUGUUGGACUGCUGGGUGAAGGACCGGAACCUGCGGCCCAAAUUUGCACAGAUCGUCAACACGCUGGACAAGCUGAUCCGCAACGCUGCCAGCCUCAAGGUCAUCUCCAGCGUCCACUCAGGGGUGUCCCAGCCCCUGCUUGACCGCUGUGUACCCGACUACAGCACCUUCACCACUGUGGGGGACUGGCUGGAUGCAAUCAAGAUGAGUCGCUACAAAGAGAACUUCCUGAACGCUGGUUUCGCCUCCUUUGACCUGGUCGCCCAGAUGACAGCAGAAGAUUUGUUGCGGAUAGGGGUAACGCUAGCAGGGCAUCAGAAGAAAAUCCUCAGCAGCAUUCAGGACAUGCGCCUGCAGAUGAACCAAACAUUGCCCGUCCAGGUUUGAGAGAAGAGCACCCCCAACACGGAACUUUCUUGGAGAAAGAGAGACAGGACAAAUCAAACCCCAGCUGCCCAGCGUACUCUAUCAAUCGAACCCUGGCUUGCAGUGCCUCAGACACUUUUCCUCUGUUACUAUGUCACUGUAUUUUCAAUUCAUGUGUGUACCAUGGAACACGCUCAUGCGUGCGUUUGUGUGUUUGCCGGACAGCGGAUGCUUAAAAAAAAAAAAAAACUCCUAGAGAAAGAAAGAAAGACUUGGUUUGAGAGGAAACUUUGGACUUUGAAAAGCUAGCAAGGGUUUAUUGAUCUUACAUCUUUUAAUGAUUUUGUUGCAUUUUGGUUUUAAAGUCUUCAUAUUGAAGAUGAUGUAUGGAAACACCAGAACCCUUAGAUGUUUGUUGGAUUUUGUGUUUGAACUUCCAUGAGUGGAUGGACAGAAUCUCUCAUAGAACUUUUAUGGAAUUCUUAAGGAAUGGCGGAAUGACAGAUAGGAAUAUUAUGGAAAGAAGAAGAAGAAGAAGAAGAAGAAGAAGAAGAAGAAGAAGAAGAAGAAGAAGAAGAAGAAGAAGAAGAAGGCCAAGCUUGGGUUCAGUGUUUUUGAAACACGUUAACUAUUACACUUUUUUGUUUAGUCCUCUCUUUAAUCUUUUAAGGAUUAUCAUGGACCUUAACACUGCUCCACACUAAAGGCACUGAAGCUCGCUGGGUUAGCUGUGUGAGUUUGCAGCAUGGUGUGAUUCGUGAUACAGGAGCCGGGGUUUUGGAUUGGUGCGCCUCUCUUGGGGUGUAUGAAUGAGUUUGGGUUAGGGUUAGAGUUUGGGAGUGUUUGGAUUCUUUCACGUGCACAACCCCCUCUCCAGCCAUCAGCAGAAACUAAAAAACUAACGGAAACGACAAAUCUGCGUGCAUGUUGAAAAGUGCUUCAAAGUGUCUCCUUAAUCCAAAAUCCAAGUGCAAAUACAAAAAUAUUUAGGUAGAAAAAGUGGAUGUGAUUUUGAAGAAGGAGGAAGCAGAGGACUUCGUUUUCAGUGGAUAUCCAUGGAUUUCCUUUUUUUUUCACUGAAGGACAAAAUGCCAUUUGAACUGUGGAUUUAAAAUAAAUAAUGCAAACCGAUUUUGUAAACAGACUGUUUUUUUAAAAUUACCUACAGAAAUUAAACAAACAAAACAAGUCACAGCAACAACAACAAAAAAACAAGAACUGGUAUUUUUUAACUCAUGUGAACGGACUAAAAUGAAACUGGGGGCUGGGGGUGUUUAAUGUGUUGUUUUAUGGAUGAGGUGGGUUGGGGUGUGCUGCAGGAGAAGAAAAGGCUAUAUAAGCCACGGAUGAUGUACUUAACAAAGUGUAAAGCAAAGCAAGCGUGGCCUGUUGUAUACUAACCUUCACUGGAGCCUGUCUAGCCAAUCCAGAAGUGCUUGGGGUCCCGAUCACUCAGUGUUGGGUUCUCAGAUCAAUUGCGAUUUCAGGUCAUUAAGAUUGAUGAGUGCAUUUCAAAGAUGUUUCUCUAUAUACUGUUCAGAAUGGGAUGCUCUGUUCCCAUGAGAUAAACAGCAGGUGCAUUGAGGCCCAGCCUGACAUGAAGAAGCUGGAAGCUGCUUGUGCAGCCCCUAGCUGUUCUUCAGCAAAGGAUGCAAUGAAAGAAAGCUUGCCCCCGUCCAAAGUACCUUUGAAAGAGUAAAAAAGAUAUCCAGUUUACAGGAUUCCAGCUUGGGAGCACCCCCCCACCACACACACACACACACACACACACAAGCCACAUCAAAAAAACACAAGAACCCAGGAUAGUAAGAUUCUAAAAUGAUUGCCAAAAGAUUUUGUAAUGCUAUAAGAUUAUUUUGUUCCAUUCUCGGUGCAAAAGCAAGCAAUAGCAAUACAUCGAGGGUUGCUCAGCCGAGGGGUCAAGUGUGUAGAGUUCUGAUGGGGCUAUUAUUACUGUUGUUACUGAUGAUGAUGAUGAUGAUGAUGAU